AUGGACAGCACCAUUGACAAACUAAACAAAGAGUUCAAGACCCUCGCAGGAUUGACAAUUGCGCAAGGACAGAUACGCUUGAUGCCAGCGAUCAGAAAGAACAUCUGCGCAUUCAUCCAAUGGUGCAGAGACAAGAUUUGCAUGGGACAAGACCCUACCACAACACCAUUUCCCAUUGUUGAUGCAGCCAAACUGCUCAGACGCAUGAAAUCACACGAACAAUACAUGUAUGGCUCCAGGUUGAUGUUGCAACAAGCGCUACUGCAAGAUUUCACCAACGAUGUCCAAUGGGAUGAUUGGUGCCCAACGUUCAAAAAUUACCUUUGA